GCCGGCCGCGCGCGGCGGGCGGGGAGAGCGGGCGCCGGGCCGCGGUCAACACCGAGCGCCGCGCCGCGGGCGGAGUGGGGCGGGGAGACCCCGCCCUCGGCGCGCACGGAGCCGCCCUCUGCCGCUCGGAGCCCGGCCCGUGCUGCAGCGCCGCCGAGUGCGGCCUCGGGGGCGGCGGCCGCGGGAGGGACCGGAGACCUGCUUCCCCUGUCGGGGCUGCGGCGUGGGAGGCCGAGACCCCGCGCAAACUUUCUAACGGCUUCGGCCCGGUGGUGGUGACGCCCGCAGCUGGCCGUGGCGGCUGCGGCAGCGGGCUCCGUCCCCUGGCAGAUCCCUUUCCUGGGAGCAAGUGCCUUCAGCUGGGAGUGUCUGGAGCCCCAGCCGCCAGCGGAGCUGUCAUCCUCUGGCCCUAACACUCUUCUUGGAAAGGAUCUGCCAGAUACUGGGAGUAUUGACUGCUGCAAGGAUCAAGGUGGGAUAGUAACAUCUUUUUGGGGGAAGAGUUGGCUUCCUUUCUUGAAAGUGCUGAAGGUACAGCAGAUAGCUGCAUGAAAGGAACAGUAACUGGAUGCCUACCUUCUACAUUUUCUGUUAGGAAACAGAAUCCAUUGUAAGAGUCCAUGUUGAUCUUGGAAAUAGAAGAAUUGAAAAAUAGCUAAAUUUCUACAAAGAACAAGAACUUGACCAUCUCCUUUUUGAUUUGAAGACCAGGGGACAAUGGAUAUCAUAGAGACAGCAAAACUUGAAGAACAUUUGGAAAAUCAAACCAAUGAUGCUACGAACACUUACACGAGACCCGCUGAACCUGUUGAAGAAGAAAACAAAAAUGGCAAUGGUAAACCCAAGAGCUUAUCCAGUGGGCUGCGAAAAGGCACCAAAAAGUACCCAGACUAUAUCCAAAUUGCUAUGCCCACUGAAUCGAGGAACAAAUUUCCACUCGAGUGGUGGAAAACAGGCAUUGCCUUCAUCUAUGCGGCUUUCAACCUUGUCUUGACAACUGUCAUGAUCACAGUUGUACAUGAGAGGGUCCCUCCCAAGGAGCUUAGCCCUCCACUCCCAGACAAGUUUUUUGACUACAUUGAUAGGGUAAAAUGGGCAUUUUCUGUAUCAGAAAUAAAUGGAAUUGUAUUAUUUGGAUUAUGGAUCACCCAGUGGCUGUUUCUGAGAUACAAGUCAAUAGUGGGGCGCAGAUUCUUUUUUAUUAUUGGAACUUUAUACCUGUAUCGCUGCAUUACAAUGUAUGUUACUACUCUACCUGUGCCUGGAAUGCAUUUCCAGUGUGCUCCAAAGCUCAAUGGAGACUCUCAGGCAAAAGUACAGCGAAUUCUACGAUUGAUUUCUGGUGGUGGAUUGUCCAUAACUGGAUCACAUAUCUUGUGUGGAGACUUCCUCUUCAGUGGUCACACAGUUACGCUGACACUAACUUAUUUGUUCAUCAAAGAAUAUUCGCCUCGUCACUUCUGGUGGUAUCAUUUAAUCUGCUGGCUGCUGAGUGCUGCCGGGAUCAUCUGCAUUCUUGUAGCACAUGAACACUACACUAUUGAUGUGAUCAUUGCUUAUUAUAUCACAACACGGCUGUUUUGGUGGUACCACUCAAUGGCCAAUGAAAAGAACUUGAAGGUCUCUUCACAGACUAAUUUCUUAUCUCGAGCAUGGUGGUUCCCCAUCUUUUAUUUUUUUGAGAAAAACGUCCAAGGCUCAAUUCCUUGCUGCUUCUCCUGGCCGCUGUCUUGGCCUCCUGGCUGCUUCAAAUCAUCAUGCAAAAAGUAUUCACGGGUUCAGAAGAUUGGUGAAGACAAUGAGAAAUCUACCUGAGGAGCAAAACAAAGGCAUCAGCUCUUACACCAAAAGAGUUAACGCUGUAACCAAAGGUAUAGUUUUGUUUUUUAUUUUAGGAGAACUGACUGGUAAAUGAAGAAACGGACCAAAUUUUGUGUAAAUGAUUAGAAGAAUGAACAAAGUAUUACCCUCUGACUGGUUUUCUUCUUCAUCCUGAGAAAGAUACAUUCUCUUGCAGCUCUUCAUUCAUUGGUGACAAGCCCCCACCCUGGGACUUUACUAAUGAGCUUGUUAAAGAGGUGCCAAAGAACAUAUUCCUCCUUUCUUUAUUCUUUGUCCACUGAGACCCUCUGCUUCAGAAUUUUUUCAGGAUAUUUUUCCUCUCAAGAUCAGAAGAAUGUGUUAAUAUUUUAAAUAAAAUAUCUGGACAUCUACAGCCACUGUGUAAAUAGAACAACCUAAUGUCGAGAGUGGUUUUUAGCGUUAGGUUUAGCAAGGGGGAGAUCGGUGGGUUGUGCAUCAGCUUUGGGUGAAUUUUGUUUCUACCCUGUCAUGGGGAAAGUUCGGAUUGAGUCGGGAGUGCAUACUGCUGCUGCCACCCCGUGUGCAGCACUUUAAAUUUUUUUGUUUUCUUUUAACAGAUCAUUUUAUCUUAAAAAGGAAAGAUGAUCCAAGUAAACAUGAAAGCAUUUGACACACCCCACAGAUUUUACGUGUGUAUAAAUGUUUCACUUUAAAAUCUCUAUGACAGAUACACAGGAAAUAAGAGGUUGUUUCUGCUAAUGACUGGCCGUUGAGUAUACACAUAGAUGCUGUCUGCCUUGUAAAUUUGGAUCUGGUACCCCAGGGCGGUCAGUUCUUCUAGCACAGCUGAAAACAUGUGUGUCAACUGAGGCUCAUGCCACGUGGGAAAUGAGCCUCUUUCCCUUCCAGGUCAGGCCUUGGUGUGAGAUCAAUUUUAGGGCUCCUAAUUGGAGUGCAGAAAUAUAUUUCGUCAUGAUUUCUUCCUUUUUAUGGUUGUGGUUUAUGGAAAAACCAAGAUGGAACCUGAAAGUUAACGUGUCCUUGCUUUUAGCAAGAGACUCAGCUUCUCAUAAACUAGUACUAGGGACAUAUGCCACAAUUUAGUAAUUUUACCCUGUGAAAAUGAUAACAUGGUGCUGCACUAUAAUAUACCCUCAGAAUCAGUGUGUGACAGCUACACAGUAAAGGGGGAUAACUGUUUCUAAAUUUCUCUAAGGUGAUGCCAAAAAAUAGAUUUUAAAACAUUGAUCAGAUUUAUGUUAUCAGAUUUAGUGCAUUAUUUAAUGCUAUUGGAUCUUUUGAACAAUUCCUGGCUUCAUUUCUUAACUACUGGAAGGUCAAUUUGCAAGACUUCUAGAAACCUUAGAAAGUUUUAAGGUUACAAAAUUAUUAACACUGGCAGAGGGUAGAGAGGCCAGUGCAGGCAGAAGGAGGCAGUAUGUUUAUAUUGAAGGUGAAAUUUUUCUUUCAUUUAGAAUGGAAAACAUCCCCAAAUUUAUCAUUAUAAACCAGUCAGCCUUUAUUACACAAAAUUGACCUUUAAAUUGCUUGUGAAAAGCACAAUACAAAUCGUUCAGAAGGGUCAGCAUCCUUUGGUGCUAAAAUCCUGUGUAUGUUUUCAGAAUGGCUUUUUCUGUGUGUCAUAGAAUAGUCACUAAAAAAAAAAUAGUUGAAUUUAAAGUCAUGAAGCAAGACUCUUUAAUUCUGUUAUUUUAAACAAGAAUUAAAACUCCAAACAUCAUUGGCAGGCUUUGAAGCACAAGGAAUUUUCUAGUAUUUCUUAUUAAAUACACCAAUAAUAAACACAUAUCUAGUUUACCUGAUGAGUUUAGACAUAAUUCUAUAUAAUGUUCACUUAUGUUCAUUUAUUAAAUAGCAAUACUUGUGCGAGAACAAGGUGUUCUGCUUGAAAACACUGAUUUUUAAGUUCCUGUUACCCAAUGAUGAGGAAAAUCAUCUGACACAGAAGCCUGGGUUUUGCUCUCUGAAUGUUAGUAUUUUCAUUGAGCCUCUAAUUCAAAUAAAACAACCUGAUACACCUUAGAGCCUUAUUCAGCUGUGUCUGGAUAACCCACUUUUCUUCUACUGAAUAAGGAAAAGUGUUUAAACUUAACUUUAAAAACCCAUUGUGUACCAAUUACUACACACCAUUGAAACCGUAAGCCUUGUAUUUUAGUCAAGUAAUCCAGUUUUUUAAUUUAAAAAAUCACCUUUUAAAGAACUUUAAAGACACCUAUGAUGCCAGCGUGAACAAUGCUGCUGCUAUGUCAUUGAAAUCCAUGGUUUGAAAAUAAGGGUGAAGGAGUCAAUAUUUCAAGAUGGGGAAACAUAAAAUAAAUAGUAAAACCCAUUUACAUGCAGGAAAGCACACUUGAGCUUCAACCCAGCGUGCCACUUUGGGAUAUGAAACAAGUAUGAUCUUGCCUUUGAAAUGGUAAAUGUUUGGAGCACCUGUUCUUUGCCAGUUAAGAUACAUAUUAUCCUUGUUUUUUCUGAGUCUGUGCUCCUGUUUGAAGCUUUUCCUGUAAUUUAGGUUGUCUGAGAAAUACAUAUAAUAUGUAAUUCCUAUAGAGUAUACCACAUUUUUUUGUAAACGCUUUCAAAUGAAGAUCCUUCAGAUUCUACUUUUUGCACUCCUCCACUAGAUCUGAAAAUAAAGCAUCCUUCCCUGAGUCCACUUGAACUAAUUGUGAAUUUGUUACUUAAUUUACUGGCAUCUUGGGAAACAAGUUUUGCUGUGGAAGGAAGGCUGUUUUGAGAAUGAGCAUCGAGUCUACUCUGGUUUGUGGGUGACCCUGCAUUCGGGUUCGUUGCUGUAUUACCAGUGACCCCUUGUGGCAAUACACUCUAUAACUUGGAAUGUAAACCACUUUUAAAAUGUAUUUUCAAGUUUUUAAAAGGCAUUUGAUUUUUGUUAUGUUUGCUAAUAAUCUGAAAAUUUCAUGUGAAAUGAAUUAUUUUAAAAGAAUUUUAAACCUUUCCCAAAGGUAAAAUAUGCUCAGAUUAUCUAAGGAUUUGUAAUUCUAACCUUUUAUCCAUUUGAUCAAGGAAAAUUUGUAGAAGAUUUUUACCUCUCAUGAUCACAAUCAUUACUGUCUCCCUUUAUAACUACCUAUAUUUUGUUUACUUUGAAACACCAAAUCUGUUGUCUUGGUUGUUUUUUGUUUUUUUGUUUUUUUUUUACAUGAUAGAACUCAUGCAGUUUUCUUUUUUAAUUAAAAGUUCACAUCUUGCCCCUCAAAUAGUUUGACCAUUUCUUUCUUAAUUCUUUUUUGUUUUUGUUUUGCACUGUAAAACUGAUUAAAACUUUAAGCCAGUCUUAACACACUAGCAUCUGUAGUGUAAGGAAUUGUAAGAAGGAAUCUCUUAAUAAAUGAGUUUAAAUGUUUAAAUCAAGCAUAUUAUAAGUUAUAUGUCAUGUGUUGAAGGCUUUUUUCUAUUAAUAUAUGUAAAGAUUUUUGGUAUUUUUGUUUUAAGUGUCCUUGUGUUGCAAUAAUUUAACUCCUUUAACUCAGUUGCUAAAAAUAUUUCUUCUAUUAAGAAGUGCUCUUGACUUCAACACCCAAACACUGAAAAUCAUGUCAAUGGUACCCAAAGAUAACUUUUUAUACAGAUAUUCACCUUAUAAGUUCUGAUAUAUUUUAUUACUCAUUAAUAUAUGCUGUGUUCUAAAUAAAUCAUGAAUGAGCAGAGUGCUUUAUUGUGGAAUUAUUUAAAAACUGUCCUUUAAAAGAAAAAGAGGAAACUAUGAAUACAAACUAAUUUAGUUGCCAAGUUGGAAUUCAUUAUUUAAUUUGCUUCCUAUGCAAUGAUUAAUGCUGCAAAAUGUAUGGUUAUGUUACCGUAUAUUCACAAAAGAAAUAUUGUUACAAGAUUUGAGAGGUAGCCAAUUGCAUUCUUUUGGAAAUUUACUGUACUGUUUCCAUGUGUUAAGUGCCUUGUUGUAAAGUAAAAUUUUAAGUCUAGAAUUCAUUAUUUUCCUGACAUAUAUUUUUCAUUAUGAUAUCUACUGUAUGCUAUUGUGAUAGUUUUAUGAAAUGCUUACAUUUAAAUCAAAUAUGUAAAUUUCAGAAGCUCUUUUCUCCUGCCCACCAGUACCUUAAUCAUUGGUUUAUCAUAUUGUAUUUGAAUUCAGGUUCCUUUUCUGAUAAGGAGGAAAUUUGUUUUUCAUGCUUGUGAUUUUGUGUUUGUAAACAUUUCAGGAGGAAUUUAGGAGUGUAACUAUAGUUUAUACUUCUAAAAUGUUAUCUUACAUUUACAUUUUUAAGUGCCUAAUUGUUAAAACUCAGUUAUGUUUCUCUUCUAAAGAGGAUAUGUGUACUUGGUUUAUAAUCUCUUUGGUUUUGCUUUUAAAAAAAUGCAAGAGCCUAUACUUUGUAUUUACCUAAUAAACCACAGUGACAUCAACAGUCUUUUCAAAAUUA